AUGACAAUGCUCCACUCCAGAAAUAUCCAAGAUGUCCUUGAACAAGGACUCAGACCAGUACGAACCACAAAUAAAUCCCUAUUGGCAGUUUCAUUAAUCUUACCAUCAGGAGCACCAUUAUCAUCAUAUAUAAAUCCUUUAAAACAAUCAGAAAUAAGUAUAACACAAUUGAAAAUGUAUUCCUUGUAUGCUGCUAAUGCUCUUUCUGGACAAUUUGGUAAAGCGGAUGAAGAAGAUGCUGGUGAUGAUGAUAAAGAUGAUGAUGAAAUUGAUAAAGAUGUUGUUAAAGUUGAAACUGAUGAUAAUACAAUUUAUUUGAAAACUAUAAAAGAAACUUCAUUUAGUGUUGUAUUAGUUUGUGAAAAAAAUUAUCCAAAACAAAUAAUAAAGUUGAAAUUAGAUAAUUUAGUUGAAGCUUUUGAAGAAUUAAAAGAUUAUGAAUAUUCACAAGAUGAUUAA